CAUUGUGGAGCAGUGGAAUACAAUUUAAUUUGCGGUUCGGUGAGAUUUUAUUACAGAAAUAAUGUCGACGACAAGGGUGAAAACUAGGGAAACCAAAUCCGGAGAGGUGAUCGCUUACAGCGACACUGCGAUCAGGAACAAUGCAUCUGCCGUCGAGUAUUGCAGGACGUCGAUGGCUGCUCUUUCAGGAAGCACCGCUGGCGUUCUCGGACUAACCGGCAUUCUGGGAUUCCUGUUCUACGUGCUGGCGGUGUUGUGUCUAUGGCAAAUGCUACUGCUGAAGUCGGGCUCAAAUUGGGAAAAGUAUUUCAUCAGCCGGAAAAGUCUGCUCACACACGGCUUCCUGAGCGGAUUGUGCACCUACGUGCUGUUCUGGACGUUCCUGUACGGUAUGGUGCACGUGUACUGAUAUCACAAACGGAGGGCAAAGUGCAACUAGUUUAGCAGAAACGAGACUAGGGUAAUAAUGCUUUGCUGUAUAAAUUAUUUCUUUCCAAAUACAUACCAAUAUUUGUCAAGGUGAAAA